GCGUGCACUCACUGCGUGUGACGUAACCAGUUUAGUAGGAAGCGGGAUCUCUAGCGAGUUGGGCCUGUGCAAGAUCUGCGGAGGAGGAGAUAGCACUGCAGCGUGGUCGAGUCUGUAGCUGACACCCGGGGAAAAAAAGUUACUUUGAGUGCGAAAGAGCCACCGAAAAAAAUGUCUGGAGACGACGAGCCACAAGAGCAGACCAUCUCGGAUGACUUGGUCGUUACCAAGUACAAGAUGGGGGCCGAGAUUGCCAACCAGGCCCUGAAGGCUGUGGUGGAGGCUGCCAGGGCUGGGGUGACUGUGGUCAGCCUCUGUGAGACAGGAGAUGCUUUCAUCAUGGCAGAAACUGGAAAGGUCUUCAGGAAGGAGAAGGAUCUGAAGAAAGGCAUUGCGUUCCCAACCAGCGUCUCAGUCAACAACUGCGUGUGCCACUUCUCUCCCCUGAAGAGUGACCCUGAGAUCACACUGAAGGACGGGGACCUCAUCAAAAUUGACCUGGGGGUGCACGUCGAUGGCUUCAUCUCAAACCUGGCUCACAGCUUUGUGGUGGGAGUGACCAAGGAUGCUCCGUUGACAGGACGUAAGGCUGACGUUAUUAAAGCGGCCCACCUGUGUGCUGAGGCUGCCCUCAGACUGGUCAAGCCUGGAAACCAGAACUCACAGGUCACAGAAGCCUGGAACAAGAUUGCCAAGUCAUUCAAAUGCUCAGCCAUAGAGGGGAUGCUGUCCCAUCAGUUGAAGCAGCAUGUUAUUGACGGAGAGAAAACCAUCAUUCAGAACCCCACGGAUCUGCAGAGGAAGGACCACGAGAAGGCAGAGUUUGAGGUACACGAGGUGUAUGCUGUGGAUGUGCUCAUCAGCACUGGAGAAGGCAAGGCGAAGGAUGCAGGCCAGAGGACCACCAUUUACAAGAGGGACCCAGACAAGCAGUACGGCCUGAAGAUGAAGACAUCCAGGAGUUUCUUCAGCGAGGUGGAGAGACGCUUCGAUGCCAUGCCUUUCACUCUCAGGGCGUUUGAGGAUGAGGCCAAGGCCAGGCUGGGUGUGGUAGAGUGUGCCAAACAUGAACUCCUGCAGCCCUUCAACGUUCUGCACGAGAAAGAAGGUGAGUUUGUGGCCCAGUUCAAGUUCACUGUUCUGCUGAUGGCCAACGGACCCCUACGCAUCACCACAGGGCUGUAUGAGCAGGAGCUGUACAAGUCUGAACACGAAGUAGAGGACGCAGAUCUCAAGGCCUUGCUCCAAAGCUCAGCGAGCCGCAAGACGCAGAAGAAGAAGAAAAAGAAGGCUUCAAAGACUGUGGAAACUGAAACAGCACCAGGACAGCCAGCGCCAGAGGUCAAAGAGACCAAAGCUGCAGAAUAAGACCUUCCACCUCCUGACCCAGUCUUCGUCUCCCAAUAAUACUGACAGACUUUUGACAACUGACCAACCCACAGAACAGAUGUCAAGACCUUCCAUCAUGCGCUCCUGUCCUGAGACGCCCGCCUCACGGUGCAGCCUUGUGAUGGAAACCUCCAAAUGUUAACUGAUGUCAGACUACUGGGGAUGGUGCUGCUCUCUGCUAAAUUCAAAUUCUGUCACAUCCCAUUUCAAUCUCACUGUCCAUGAGACAGCAGGGUUCUCCCCAUGAUAGUAACCACUAAGUGACUCAGAAGGGCUAUUGAGUAGAACAAGGGCAUUUUCCUGAGUAGACUCUGGGAGACACGUUUAUACCAUCCAGUCAUUGAGCUUUGGUACUGUAUUAAAGUCAGCAGUGAAUAAUCAAAUGAUUUAUGAAAGCAAAGCAGGACAGUUGAGGGUGUGAUACGAUUGCACUGCCAAUGAUUUUUCUGAAGGAAAACCUUUUCGGUCAUAACCAUGCAGUUGUAUCUUUUAAAUUAAUGUAAGUUUGUCUAUUUGGGAAGUAAAUGUGUAUUAACUUGAACCCUCCAUCAUUAAACUUACUAUAAACAGC